AGAGCCAAGACGAUGUCCGCGGCACGAGUCAUUUUGCACCCGCAGAACUGCACGACUGUUACAAGCGAAGCACCUAAAAUGGAGGUGGAGCGCCGUCGUUCCCGGCAAUAGAAACUGUCUACUCGAGAGUUAAUGCUCUUCAGAUGGUGACUAGUCACAUGCUUCAGCGGUAACAGGCACAGUCGUUGCCGGCGGGGGUGAUGGCUGGCCGGCGAUCACUAUCUAGGAACAGCGCCUGCUGCUGUUGCUUCAAAUACUAUCCUGUUACUCUGCCUAACGAGUCGGCUGCUGGAACUCAAACGUGGUCUACGCUUCUUUCGGGUCGACUCUAAACCCGAUCGCACAUUGUGGAAAGGAUGCAAAACUGCUAACGGCUUACAGGAGCCGCUGUUGACGCUCCGUGCGCGAUUAUCCAUUUGUAAACCGGUCAGUCGGCUGCGAUCUAGUUCCGUAUAGAAGUUUUGUUCAGAUAUUUCUGCUACCAUCAGCAAAGUCAUCGCAGUGGCCGGCAUCGCCAUGGUUUUGCUCUUGUCAUAUAGCAUUUUGCUAGUUUGAGCAAAAGCGAUAUGAGUCUGACUGUAAAACGGGCCUGAAUGAGUGGCUUCGUAGGCGGCAGCUCAUAGCAGCGGAACCACACUAGAAUGCCAUAAUAAUAUCAUUACAUAAUGUGGUUGUACGGCCAUUGGUGAUAGAAGAAGACGUAAGUGAUCCUGCCCUAUUAUGGCUGAUGCUCACUAAGUGGUGGCAAAUUGGCCCAAGUCGACGCUUUGAGAGGUCUAAGGGAGAUGGUAGCGUGACAGACAGCCGGGAGGUGAAAACGUGCUCGUAAGACGUGUCUAUUGACACGUGAAGAUGUUGUUCUUAGUGGCUGAUUUUGGAAACAUAUGAAAGUCAACGAGGCUAAUUGGAACGGGUCGAUUGGUGAGGCCGACAUAAAAACCGAGCCUGAAUCCUACGCAAGACGGCAGCGAAGCUGAGGUACGCAUUGUGGGUACGGUUGGAGUAACUAAAUAUUAGGAGACGGUGAAAUGACGUCAUUUUACGGCUUGACUAAUCCUGAGUUGCGGCACUUUAACAUAUAACAGUCACACUGUGACGGAUGUAGACUAGCUCAAGCCCGUUUUGCACCCAGAGCUUCAUUUGCAUGUGACAUUCUUCCAGGAAAUGCUUUUGUGCCCGCCCAAAGCUUCGCGCUUAAUGAUGCCUCAUAAUCACAAAAAAGUUCAUCAGGUUAUCCGUCAUUUUCAAGGCGAUAGACGGUGGCUACACAGUUAGUGGCCUAAAAGUGAAUGUGGAAUUUGUCCUAUUUUUAACUACCAGAGUCAAUAUUAUUGUGUAGGUUACUAGAAGUCAAGGUUUCGGAGUGUCGGUGAUGAGUUGGAGACGAUGGUCCGCAGACACGGCUAGUUACUGUCCAUCAGCCGAAGAUGCUAUUCUUAAAAACUUCGCGGGUUUUGAUCGAGCGGCGUUGGAGGAACUCCAGGAACGCAUUGCGACGGUUAAAUUGUUGGCUUAUGGCGUCACAGCAGUCGGGAUCAUUGUACUAGGCCUUGUAGGCAACAUUAUAAACCUCAUCAUCUUGACCCGGCCAAAUCUCAAAGGAGUCACCUAUGUCUAUCUUACCUGGCUGGCGACGUUCGAUUUUCUGUCUCUAACUUUUGCUAUCUUCUCCGUACUCCGACUGCACGGUAUCCAGCCGAAGUCCUAUGUUGCAGCAUUUUUCUACGCCCAUCUAGAAAUGCCGCUGGUAAACUCGGCGAUGACUUCGUCGAUCUUUAUUGUACUGGCAGUCACGCUUGACCGAUACUGGAGCGUGUGCUUACCUUCUCGAUAUAAAGAUAUUCACACCGAACGAUGGGCACAUUUAGCUAUAUGUAUAUCGUUUAUAGUACCCAUUUUGCUGUAUAUACCGGUCGGGUUUCAGAAAGAACCGACCUUAGUGAUAAACCCGCACACAGGUCAGGAGGAAUGGGUCCCCUGCGACCGUCUGUCGGUAUCGCAACAUCCCGCUUAUCGGCUGUACCUUUUCGUCAAAGAAGUAAUUGUUCGCGUUGGCCCUGUCAUAGUGAUUGCUAUGCUCAAUACCACCAUAAUUCUGACGUUCCGACGCUUAGCGAAAAAACGAAAAAGCCUGGUCAAAUCAACGGAAGGUCGACGUUUCGCCGAAGAACGCCGUCUCGUUAUUCUACUAGCCUCGAUUGUGAUCAUGUUCUGUGUCUGCAUGACGCCAGCUGCUAUUAACACCGUCCUUAACGGUGAUCGUAUGGAGAACAAUUACACUUACCAGGUGUUUCGUGCCUUCGCUAACGAUAUGGAAAUUAGCAACUUCGCGACCAACUUCUAUGUCUACUGUUUAUGCUCAACAGAGAUCCGCGACACAUUUUGCCGUGUAUUUCUGAGACCCUUUUUGUGGCUCAUCCCACGAACCGCAUUCGGGGUCUCAACGUCUGAGCGAACUUCGCCUUCGAGAGACAACGCUUCAAUAGUCAUGACGCCAAGCGGCAGCCGAACCCCACAUGAUGGGCUGCCACUCGACGUGUGACUGCAACAUACACAUUGUCACAUCGUUGGCCUUAAGAGCUCCAGCGCCAUUUUGAAGCUCAUGAACUUGCACGUGAUUCAAAGAUUUAUCACGCAGUCCUUCAUAUUUGGACACACUUUGAAGAUUUUGAUUUUAUUGCAUGAAGGCAUUCGCGAUGAAUGUUGAAUGUAUCGGCUAUAUAUGAGACGAGAUGUAUUUGUCCCAUCAACCUGUGUAUGCAUUGUAUAGGAAUGUCCCCGAGAUGUUGCAGUGGUAUCAUGCUUGUGCGCUGCAAUUAGGGAACCUAGAUUUGAAAUCGGGCAUAGACACAUUCUGUUUUGUGUUAAAAUCCUGCCGUACGAAGCUGUGCUUAAGCGGUGUACAUGGACGUAAAACUCGAAACAUCCAUAAUUAUUUAUUCUAUAGGAAGCAUACAGUUAUACUUACAUUAACGUAACAUGCGAUAGGAACACUACGCUCAGCAACGGUUUAUCAAUUAAGAUUCAAAAACCUUGAACUUACAUCGGAACUUGAAAUACAGUAACAAACGGCACGUGCAGAAACAGCCCUCUUUCUAUCUUCAAUGCAGUGUCGUAUCGAAUUCUCGAUUUGGUGUCUUUCGCAUCGGAUAUAUAUUUAGUCAGGACUACAUCUACCCUGUAUUUUGCUAUAAAGAAAAUGAAGUACUCAUAUUACUGUAUAAUGUACUAUAUAUAUUUUAGCAAGAAAAUUAAGUGCUGGGUUAUUUUCGUUUGUGCAUCUACAUAUGUCCUAGAGUUUGAUUGUUGAUUUUGUAUAACCUACUAUCCGGUGGCUCAGUGGUAUGUGAUCUUUUAAACAAGUGAAUACAAGAAACGGUAUGUAACAUACGGCAUUCAUACAAGCCAUACACACCAUUCGAUUUAAUUUUUGUACCAACUAAAUUCGAUGUUGGCUCAAUUAAAUGUACUGUAGUUAACAGCGAACCGUCCAUAGAAAAAUUUAAUUCACCCUUGGCCACUAAAAACAGUUAUUUAACAUUGUAUAUUAGUUUCGAUUCGCCCAUUUCUGGAAUUUCAACGAUCACAUCAAAUAUUACGCUUCGCUUUGAAAUAUUUUAGCUUUCAAAUACGUAUGGUGUGCCGGAUAGCUACUUGUUUUGCGGCGUUCAGGAACAAUAACGCGGAAGACCUAGAUAAAGCAACGUGUAGUAAAUUGCCAGUGUAAACAUCAAGCCAAGCAUUGUUCGUUGAAACAGACACAAACGUGAUUUAAACAAAAGGUGUAGCUUUUUCCAAGGACACGGUCUGGUAAACGAUUGAACCUUGAUAAGAUCGAACGCAAAGGGCAAGUCACCAAAUAACAUUCACCACUUUUAUCGGCCGCUCACCUUUGAAACAUAUAAUGGAACAGGUACGUGCAAUUUCUACUUUAUUUGUAGGUUUUAGUGAAAAAAAGUAUUUGUAAAUACGAGAAAUUGCCUGUACUUUGCCAGGCCCUACAAGUGCAUCAUAGUUCAAGAUAGGCAAAAUAAGCAUCCGUCAGAGGCUUUGCAAGCUAACGUGGUAAUGAUAGAGUGAAUAAUGGAAAUUAUCGAGCGAGGAAAUUUUUCUUAAUCGACCAAGUUGCCAAAUACGUUUUUCUGUAAGGUUUUUAAACUUUAAUUUAAAUCUGUAUAACGUUUCGUCUGAGAGACUUUGUAAUGAUGCUCCCUUUGUUUUCAAGAUGUGCAACGCGUUUUUAUUUGUUUCUGAUGGGUUACCUGAUCUUAUUUUGCUAAACAAAGCAUGAGCAGAAAUUAUUCUACAAAUAGAUGAUUUCAUAAAUGGAAAAUCGCACAGAGCGUUAGAUAAUAAAACUGGUCAAUCCGUGACUCCCCGGAAAAGCGAAAGAAAGGGAAACAAAAGAAAGUUUCUGUAAACUAUGUAAACCCAUGUAAAUAUAUAUGUAUAUAUGCAUAUGUGCUAUAAGCAACAGUAUAUCAAUAAAA